CAGCAGAGUGGGAAAACUGCGGAAAACAUGAGCGUAGGACAAGACAAAGACACAACGAAAUCUAAGGAGAAGGCUAUAGAUCUUGAUGGAGCAAGGGGGAAGGGGAUCAAGAAGAAAGACCAGUCUGAGAGAGAUUCCUGGUGGAAAGGAAGCCUAACAGACUCCCCCAACCCAGGCAGCUAUCACAUCCGGAGCUUUAUUGAGGAAGCAGAACUGAACCCAGUCAGAAGGACGUACGGGUUUCAGGGCACGGGCAGGAAGGUGCCCCUGUGGUGGGUGCGUAAAGGGGACCUGCUGCUGCCAGGGGCGUACAGUUACACUGACUCAAUCCAGGAGGCCCUCCAACGUCAGGCCUCCUACUCCUUCAAGAACUGCCCCAGGCCUCAAAACUUUACACUGGGUGUCCGGGACAAGGACGUAAACAUCUCGCCAUGUCACUAUGAUUUAACAGAGAAGCCAGUUCCCAAGUCACCCUGCAAACACGUGAUGUUCCGUUCCGCAGUGCAGCGCCACACCUUCCUGCCUAGAGAAGGACCGGCUCCAGGACAGUAUGACAUAAAGCCGGACAACGCCCGUGCCGUCACUUCCUGUUUCAGGUCUACGGUGCCUCGUCUACACCGUGUGCGUUCUAGGACCCCUGGACCUGGGACAUACGACCCCUUUUGGAAGAUGGGUCAGCAUUCGGGGACAGAAGCCAGCCUGAGUCGCGCUUAUGGCCUUUUCUUCCGCAACAUUUUCUAGUAUUAAAAAGAGAUGUCUCUUUCAUCUCAUCUACGCUGAAGCGCCUAUUCUGUUCCCUUAGUCACUCACACACUCACACACUCACUCACUCUCUCACUGACUCACUCACUCAUUCACAAAUUGCAGCUACUAUAUAGAACUGUACAGAACACUUCGAUAAUGCAUGUUUUUGCGUAAAUAAAAGACUGACAUUUUGAAAAACAAGAGAAAGGGAUUGAGACAUACUCACACUCACACACACACACACACACACACAGUUUCCUCUUGCCUCCAUACAAUGAGGGAGACUGUUUAU